AUUGCAACAGCAAUGACAUACGAAGAUUUGAGAAAACAGGCUCGCCAAUUAGAAUGUGAAAUUGAUCUUAAGCUUGUGGCAUUUAAUAAAUUAGCAGCAGGAGUCAAAACUUCUCAUACUCAUGGAUCAUCAGACACGGUGCCUUUACUUUCAGAGGAAGAUACCUUUGAUACGAUGGCUAUGGAGAUCCAACAACUUUUAAACAAACUAUCCCAAGUAAACGAAAGGAUGUCUGAGCAGCCAGUGUCUGGUGUAGCAAUGAUGCAUACAAUUCAGAGACAUCGAGAUAUUGCAGCUGAUUUACAGAGGGAUUUUCAUAAAACCAAUUCUCAGUUUGUAUCUAGGAGAGAAAGAGAAGAACUUUUUAAAAAUGUUCGUACUGAUUCCUUUAGAACUGAGGGCGUUAACAGACGAGACAUGUAUUUAAAGGAAAAUACACAUAUUCAGAAUUCCGAUCAAUUGGUAAAUGAACAAAUUGCAAUAGCAAUGGAGACAAAAGAUCAUUUGUUAAACCAAAGACAAACAUUUAAAAGAAUGCAAACCCGUUUUAAUGAUAUAUCUCAUAGAUUUCCUGUAAUUAAUAGUUUAGUGCAACGUAUAAAUUUAAGAAAACGUAGAGACGCAAUAAUUUUAGGAUCAGUAAUUGGAAUUUGUACUUUUCUAUUAUUAAUGUAUGCUUUUCAUUAGUGGCCUGUGAUUGUAACGUAUUGGGAAAUAUUUGUUAAAACGAAAAAUAUAAAUAAGGAGGAACCCAGUGGCGGCUCCAGAUGGUCUACACUGGGGGAUGCAUAAUUUAAGAAGUAGGUAUAAAAAAAAGCUUACCUAAAUUUCAUCUACACAUUAGAGGGAUGUACGCUAGUGACCCUAGGCUAUGGAUUAUCUCUAUACUCAGUAACAGUAAAAAUGCCGAACCAAUGGUAUUACCACAGUAUAAGGGUUUUCAUCUGUAUAGUAGGAUUAUUCCCUUGAGCUAACCUGAAAUACCGGCAUUUUUGCAGGCGGUCAUAAAUCAACUUUAUCCGUUCUGAACUUCUGUAUAGAAUAUAUUUGUUCUGUAUCUAUAUAGUUUCAAGGGGAUGCAAUUGCUCAUUUCCUCUCAUUAGAGACUAGAGAGCCGCAACUGGGUGAGCCUUCUAUAUCAUAAGAUUAAGAACAUUUUAUAUUUUGAAAUGGUAAAAAAAUUAGUAUUUUAAAACAAUAGUUUUAUUUAUUCUAUGUACGUUAUUGUAUAAUAUCAACUUGUUAUAAAAUUAUUUUACACAAA